AUGCCCCAGCAAAAGAUUGCCACAGGCGGCAGAGUCGAGUUCGACGACCCCUUCCUGGAUGACAUCAUUCUCGUCGACCAGCUCGGCCCAGAGAUCUGGACAGACGGCAUCUGCAUCAGACCGUCUGGGCAUGCCUUGGCAGCAGUCAUCGAGUCUCCACAUCUCUACUCCAUCGACCUGCGGUUCAACCCCGAGGACCCUUUCUCGAGAGGAAAGCCGCCAAAGAUCGUACAAGUCUUCCCCGAUUGCACCACGGCAGUCAACGUCACGCGCCUACGCAACUCAGAAAGCGAGGACUAUGCCGUAGUAACAGCCCACGUCGAUGUACCGAAUAAAGCAAUCAAGGACGUGUGCAUCUAUCGUGUAUCGUUUGGCCCGGAUGGCCAGGACGACCCCCCAGCCCUCAGCAAAAUCGCCAUGCUGCCCGACGUCAUCUUCGGGUUCGGCAUGAUCCAGCUAUCAGACGAUGUCCUCCUCGUCGCCGACACAACGAAAGGCACCAUCUGGCGCGUACAAAUCUCCACCGGGGAGCCCAGCAUCCUAUACCACGACCCCGACACCACGCUGCCCCUCAACGGCGAGGCCUUUUGCAUGAACCGAAUCCAGGUGGCCGCCGGGUUCCUGUGGUACACCAACACGACCCAGGCCAGGUUGUACCGCGUCCCCAUCGAGUACAUCAACGACGGGGCGGACAUCAAGGUGACGGGGACGCCGACCAUCGUGGCCGAGGGCUGCGCGCACAACGACGGCAUGGUGGUCACCAAGGACGGCAGAAUGGCCUACCUGAGCAGCUAUGUCCUGGGCAACCUGUGGCGCGUCGACGUCGACCCCGAGACGGGCGUGGGCGAGGUCAACUCCCUCGUCGACCUCGUCUCCCCCACCGCCAUGCAGCUCGUCUACCACCCCGACGACGAGAAGCCCACGCUGUACGUCGCCUCCUGCGGCGCCUGGACCGAGGAGCAGCUCGCCGGCGAGCGCGGCAAGUGGCUCGCGCUCACGAACGCGGACACGUCCAAGCUGAAGAUCCGAGUGCAUAUCACGGUCGAGACGACGGUCCACUACGAGACCAUUGCAUAG